AUGUCCCUAGCCAUACUUCCAUCUAGUUCCAUUCAUUUUAACCGUCCCUUCACGAAGAAACCCCGAAGGUGUCUCCGAACGCUAGUGAAUAAUAACCAGUACGCAGUGGCCUUCAAAGCAAAGACGAACGCAUCACAGCUAUACAACAUUAAACCUAAUUCUGGGAUCAUCGAAGUUGGCAAGACCUUGAAUGUUGUGAUAACGAAGGUGGCUGUAACGGAAGAGCCUCCUCUAGACGUGCCAUGCACCGACAAGUUCUUGUUCGAAAGCGCUGGGAUCAGCAAGCUAUUCGGUGUGUACAAACUCGACGCUGAAUUUUGGGAGAAACGCAAGAAACAGAAGAGAAUACAUCACCGGAAGAUACCUGUGGAAUUCUUACCCGAGAUCGAGACUACGGGUGGAGAAAUUGUUCAUUUGUACCCAAGUCGGGUGCUCAGAUUUUGGGGGUCCGUCACCGAUGACUUGGAGACGACGUUGACUAUCGACAAUGUUUCGACCGAGCCCGUAGCGUACAAAAUCAUGACCAGUAACAUCAAUGACUUCCUUGUUUAUCCCAACAUGGGCAGAAUCGAACCGUUAGAAGAGCACGAAAUCAUAAUUGUGCGAAAGAAGGCCAAAGUUGAUUUGACGCGGGAUGAGAUCGAGGGUGUCGGUCGUGCGGAUAAGUUUCGAAUCCUGACUACUACGAUCCCGAUAAAACACAACGACUCUUCCAUCGAUGAUGUAUUCGCCUGGGCCGACUUGAGGCCAGAUCACAAAGUUUAUAGCCAUAAACUCCCAGUCAGAUAUCCGGAUUACGUUGGUAUCGGUGAGAACAUCCUCGACGAGACUCAUGACCCCAAAGAAGUACAUGAGAAGCAUUCCGAUGGUGAAAAGGGUGCUGACAUUGACAAGGGAGCGCCUAGUCGCGAUCCUUCUUCGCUUCUUCUGAUCUUUUAG